AUGCCGAGGCAGCAAAGAAAGAAGCGCACUCCUGUCUCCUGCGAGGCGUGUAGGGAGCGAAAGAUUCGCUGCACACGAGACGGACCGCCCUGCACGACAUGCAUCCACAGGCGUGUUCCUCGGGCACAUUGUAUUUAUAGCGUCGGGUCAGGCCAUUCACCACUGCAGUCUGCACCAGCACACGAUUCGCGUCCACCGGAAAGCAGUCACGCCGUGGACGACAGUUCCCUAGCUUCGAGGGUUGAGGCUCUGGAAAGGAUUGUCCGCCUUCAACCGACGCCCGGGUCGGCGGCCGGCACGGCGUCCCUCUCGACGGGGGAUGCGGACAUGGCACCCGUGGCCUCCGGCUUCAAGGAGCCUUACCCCGGCCCUUGCAACUCGGACCAAACCGGCACCCUGAUUACGUCGAGCUCGGGCCAUGUGCGCUUUCUUCCCGUGGCGUCUACUUGGAAUAUAAUCCAAGGCGCGUCGCCCGAUGUCUCGCUGCCAGACCAAGGAAAUACCGUCACUGACACGCCGGGCGCGCCGUAUCCCUUCUCCCGCCGCAAUGCUGAGAGCCAGUCUGCCAUCUUGGCCAUGCUUCCUCCGCCGGAAUUCUGCCACCGUCUUAAAGACGUCUACUUCCAGGCCGUCGGCCCCGUACGGUACACUUGCAACCUGACGCAGACCUGCCCAGUGCUAACGUGGCCUCGAAUCAGAUAUUUCCCAUCAUCCACGCGCCCAGGUUCUCCAAGAGGUACCAUCGAUUCACCUCCGAUGCCGAAGGUGCUCCGAUGGAAUGGCUAG